GAAAAAUAAAAAACUAACUUACAAAAUCUGUAGGCUUUCAUCGCAGUGAAGGGGGAAGCUGAAAAUGGCGGCCUCCAAUUUCUCUCUCUUAUCUUCUUCUUGCUCAUUACGCAUCAAACUUAAUCCACUCCUCUUCUCCACGCAACCACGUCGCCGUAUCUCUCUUUCUCGCUCUUACUACUUUCGUUUCAGAAACGUCCGCUUCACUACUGUUGCUGGGACGGGGGAUAGCGGUGUAUUUACAUCACCGGAAGUAGCAAAAGCUUUUGAUUUUACGGCCGAAGAGAGGAUAUAUAAAUGGUGGGAGUCUCAAGGAUAUUUCAAGCCAAAUCUCGAGAAGGGAGGUGAUCCUUUUGUAGUUUCAAUGCCACCACCUAAUGUAACCGGCUCGUUGCACAUGGGACAUGCUAUGUUUGUCACUCUUGAGGAUAUAAUGGUAAGAUACAACAGAAUGAAAGGGAGGCCUACACUUUGGCUUCCUGGAACUGAUCAUGCCGGGAUCGCAACCCAGCUGGUUGUGGAAAGAAUGCUGGCUGAGGAAGGAAUAAAGAGAGCUGAUUUGGGUAGAGAAGAAUUUACAAAAAGAGUUUGGAAAUGGAAAGAAAAAUAUGGUGGGACAAUAACAAAUCAGAUAAAGAGACUCGGUGCUUCUUGUGAUUGGACCAGGGAAUGCUUUACCCUUGAUGCUCAGCUGAGUCGUAAGGCCAUUUUUCAUCCAGAGCCUGUUGUUGAUGCCUUUGUUAGGCUUCAUGAGAAAGGUCUAAUCUAUCAAGGAUCUUACAUGGUAAACUGGUCCCCUAAAUUACAGACUGCAGUUUCUGACUUGGAAGUGGAGUACUCAGAAGAACCAGGUGCUCUAUACCACAUUAAGUACCGUGUUGCUGGUGGUACAAGGGAUGAUUUUCUGACAAUCGCAACUACAAGACCAGAGACUUUAUUUGGAGACACAGCGAUAGCAGUGAAUCCUGAGGAUGAACGAUAUUCCAAGUACAUAGGGAAGAUGGCUAUUGUGCCAAUGACUUAUGGUCGGCAUGUCCCCAUAAUAUCUGACAAGUAUGUUGAUAAAGAGUUUGGAACUGGUGUCUUAAAGAUAAGCCCCGGACAUGAUCACAAUGAUUACCUACUUGCUCGGAAGCUUGGUCUUCCCAUUCUUAAUGUCAUGAACAAAGAUGGAACACUAAAUGAAGUUGCUGGUUUAUACUGUGGUCUUGAUCGGUUUGAGGCACGAAAGAAACUCUGGUCAGAACUCGAGGAGACAGGUCUAGCAGUGAAAAAAGAGGCCUAUACCAUGCGAGUUCCUAGAUCGCAACGUGGUGGAGAGAUAAUAGAGCCUCUAGUAAGCAAGCAGUGGUUUGUGACAAUGGAGUCCCUGGCAGAGAAGGCUCUGCAAGCAGUGGAAAAGGGAGAAUUAACCAUUAUGCCUGAAAGAUUUGAGAAGAUAUAUAAUCACUGGCUAUCGAAUAUCAAGGACUGGUGUAUAAGCAGGCAAUUAUGGUGGGGGCACCGCAUUCCAGUUUGGUACAUUGUCGGUAAAAAAUGUGAAGAGGACUACAUAGUUGCUAGGAGCAGUGAAGAAGCUCUUGAAAAAGCUCGUGAAAAAUAUGGAAAGGAUGUUGAAAUAUAUCAGGACCCAGAUGUUCUUGACACCUGGUUUUCAAGUGCACUGUGGCCUUUCAGCACUCUUGGUUGGCCAGACGUGUCAGCAGAGGAUUUUAGGAAGUUUUAUCCUACAUCAGUUCUUGAGACCGGGCAUGACAUAUUGUUCUUUUGGGUGGCAAGAAUGGUGAUGAUGGGGAUUGAAUUCACGGGCACAGUUCCAUUUUCAAAUGUUUACCUUCACGGACUUAUACGAGAUUCUCAAGGUCGCAAAAUGUCUAAAACACUUGGAAAUGUUAUAGAUCCACUUGAUACAAUCAAAGAGUAUGGUACUGAUGCUCUAAGGUUCACUCUUUCUCUAGGAACUGCUGGCCAGGAUCUCAAUUUAUCAACUGAAAGGUUGAUUUCAAAUAAAGCUUUCACCAACAAACUGUGGAAUGCUGGCAAGUUUGUGUUGCAGAAUUUGCCUCCUCAAAGUGAUUUAUCAGCUUGGACAGCUAUUCAGGACUAUAAGUUUGAUGAGGAAGAGUCGCUGUUCAAGCUACCUUUACCAGAAUGUUGGGUGGUGACAGAGCUUCAUAUGCUGAUUGAUGCUGUCACCAUGAGUUAUGACAAAUUUUUCUUUGGAGAUGUGGCCCGGGAAAUUUAUGAUUUUUUCUGGGCUGAUUUUGCUGAUUGGUAUAUUGAAGCAAGUAAAGCCCGGCUUUAUAGAGCAGAUGCUUCAGCUGCUUCUGUUGCACAAGCAGUUCUGUUGUAUGUCUUUGGAUGUAUACUGAAAUUACUUCACCCAUUUAUGCCCUUUGUAACGGAGGAGCUCUGGCAGUCAUUACCCAACAGAAAAGAAGCUCUUAUAGUAUCAGCUUGGCCAUCAACUUCUCUUCCAAGGCAAGCUGAAUCCGUGAAGAAAUUUGAGAAUUUACAGGCUUUGACAAGAGCAAUUCGAAAUGCACGGGCAGAGUACUCUGUUGAACCAGCAAAGCGCAUAUCUGCAUCAAUUGUUGCAAAUUCAGAGGUUAUCCAGUACAUCUCUAAAGAAAAGGAUGUUUUGGCUCUUCUCUCUAGACUGGAUUUGCAGAAUGUAAGCUUUACCCAAUCUCCCCCAGGAGAUGCCAGUCAAUCAGUCCAUCUUGUUGCCAGUGAAGGUUUAGAAGCUUACCUUCCACUUGCUGACAUGGUAGAUAUCUCUGCUGAGAUGCAGCGCCUUUCCAAGCGCCUAGCUAAAAUGCAAACCGAAUAUGAUGGACUUAUGACUCGCUUGAGUUCUCCAAGUUUUGUUGAGAAAGCUCCUGAGGAUAUUGUUCGUGGGGUUCGAGAAAAAGCAGCAGAAGCAGAAGAGAAGCUAACUUUAACAAGAAAACAGCUAGCCUUUCUCCAGUCCACAGCUCUCGUGCCAAAUCAAUCUCAAUGAAGUCGAUGGAAACAAAGAGAGUGAACUGGUACGAUAAUUCCAACCCAUACUCGAUUUAUUCCAUAGCACGUCUAGUAAAGAUAAGACAGUGGAUGGUCUAAUUUUCUUGCCAAAAGAUCAAACCUUAUCGUCGUCCUAGUACAGUUUGCUGGGAUUUCUCAAACAGCACCAAAGUUGUUAGUGAUCUACUACUAGGGCCUUGCCUUGAAAUAGAAAAAUGAAUUGAUGUACAGUUAUUUGGUUUCCAAAGCAUGAAAUGUGUAGCACAUAUGAAUGCCAGUGAAUGAAGAUCUAACACGUCCCCUUUGUUAAAA